UCGCGGACAGCAGACAGAGGGAUGGUCUCGCGCUCGGCGGCGGGCAGCAGCAGGUCAUGUUGUCCGCGCGGCGGGAGACCUGCCCGCGUGUCACCUUCAGCGGAGCGGGAAGUGCCACGACUCUGACUCCUGGACCUGAGAUGGCGAUGGGCGGGGAGGCGUGUCCUCACAAGCUGGGAUCCACCAAUCACCUGCGACUCCUCCUCUACAUCCUGAUUCCCACUGUCAGCCUGUUGGCGGCGCUGCUGCUGCUCGUCCUGGCACUCACUGGUAUAUUUGGCGGCAGCCUCUUGUACUCUAACCCGCUCCCCUCCCCUGAGCCCAUUGCCGAUAGCGACCACAGUUACCAUGGCAACAGCACAAGCCCCUCCCUCGAGGCGGAGAACGUCACAUCCUGGCUGCGAAAUCGCAGCGGCGGCAGCAAGGACAGCGAUGAUGUCACAUACCACAACGAGAGCACACCCUCUGUUGCCGCUAGACUCCGCCCACCUUCUUACACUCAGGCCACACCCACUCAGCACUACACACAGCCUCCUGAUUGGCUGACAACUGUGACAUCGCUGAGCUCCGCCUGGCCGUUGAGCACCACAGCGACGCCUGACACAGGUGUGUGUCAGCUGAUCACAGAGCCACAGUGUCACAUGCUGCCCUACAAUCAAACAUGGCUGUCCUCGUCCUUCGCUGUGGUGAAGAGCUCGGAGGUCGACAUGUUGCUAAGGUUCUUCAGCUACCUCAGCAGACUCUCCUGCUACAGACACAUCAUGCUGUUCGGCUGCUCGUUAGCGCUGCCAGAGUGCGUCGGUGUCGACGGCGCAAACAACAGGCGCGUUGUGUUACCUUGUGCGUCGUUCUGCGAGGCGGCAAGGGAAGGCUGCGAGCCCGUCCUCCAGAUGUUCAACGCCUCCUGGCCGGAGUUCCUGCGCUGCUCUCAGUUCAGCAACAUCACGUCCACUUCACCGCCACCUUCUUCAUCAUCAUCAUCACCGUCACCCAUGGCAACAGCAGGCCCCGCCCCCCCCGCCUGCUUCACGCCGCGACAGAUGAAAGGGAAACCAUCGGUGUGCGGCGGGAAGGACCACUUCCUGUGCGCGACGGGGAUUUGUGUCCCCCAGAAACUGGUCUGCAACGGCUACAACGACUGCGACGACUGGAGCGACGAGUCGCACUGCGUGUGUACAGAUGGAGAGUUUCGUUGUAACACUGGUCGGUGUCUCUCGCCCGCUCUGGUGUGUGACGGUUAUGACGACUGUGGAGACCUGAGCGACGAACUGAACUGUGUGUGUGACCUGACCCGUGAACAUCGCUGUGCUGACGGCCGCUGUGUGUCCAGAGACUGGCUGUGUGACGGAGACCACGACUGUCUGGACAAGUCUGACGAGCUCAACUGCUCCUGUAAGAGUCAGGGUCUGCUGGAGUGCAGGAACGGUCAGUGUAUUCCUUCAGCGUUUCGUUGCGACGGCGAGGACGACUGUAAAGACGGCAGUGACGAGGAGCAGUGCAACCGAGAGCAGACUCAGGGUGUGUGUGUUCCCGGUCAGCCCAGCUGUAUCUCCACUUCCUGUCCGUCUGUGUGUGCGGGGAACAGCGCCACCUGUGACCCACGAAACAACAACAAUAACACCAACUGUACUCGCUGUGAGUCCAUCAGUCUGGAGCUGUGUAUGAAUCUUCCCUAUAACCUGACCAGUUUUCCUAACUACCUGGGUCACCAGUCGCAGAGAGAAAGUUCCGUUUCCUGGGAGUCGUCUCUGUUUCCUGCUCUGGUUCAAACCGGUUGUUACCAGUUCCUCAUGUUCUACGCCUGCACGCUGCUCGUCCCCAAGUGUGACCCCGUUACUCUGCAGAGGGUCCCGCCCUGCAGGUCGUUGUGUCGUAAUGCGAAGGAAAAGUGCGAGUCGGUGCUCGGCAUUGUGGGAUUGCAGUGGCCCGAGGACUCGGACUGCAGUCAGUUUCCCGAGGACAAAGGUGGCGCCCCCUGUCUGCUGCCCGAGGCAGGCGUCGACGAGUGCUCCCCCAGUCACUUCAAGUGUCGGUCGGGACGCUGCGUCCUGGCGUCCAAACGCUGCGACGGACAUCUGGACUGUGACGACCACAGCGACGAGGAUAACUGUGGCUGCUCAGAGCGCUCUCUGUGGGAGUGUCCCGGCAGCAGCGUGUGCAUCAAAGCUAGCAUGAUCUGCGACGGGUUCCCAGACUGCCCCCUGCUGGUGGACGAGGCUAACUGCUCGACGUGCAAAGACAACGAACUUUCCUGCAACAACCACCAGUGCGUUCAUCGCACGCUGUGGUGCGACGGAAAGAAACACUGCUCCGACAGUUCGGACGAGUGGGACUGUGUGUCUCUUUCCGAUCGAUCGGGUUCCGUGUUGACCGUGUCCAGGUCGGCGGCUGAAUAUCAGGUGUGCGCCGACGAGUGGAACCACGAGUUGAGUCAACUCACCUGCGCCCAGCUGGGACUAGGGGUUCCAUCGUCUGUUUCCAUGGUAGCAGACCAGCCUGGUGUCCCGGGCCGUCGCCGCUGGUUACACGUCCACCCUGAGUGGAACCUGAGGAACGGUUCUGCUCUUCAGGCACGACUGGAGAAGAGAAGUCACGCGUGUCAUUCCAGGAAGAGAGUUUCACUUCUUUGCACCAGAGAAGAGUGUGGUCUCCGUCCAUCACUGGGUGUCUUCCCGCACAGGAAGAAGAGGAUCCUGGGAGGGCGGGUGUCACGGCGAGGGGCAUGGCCCUGGCAGUGCUCGCUGCAGAGCGGUCCGAGCGGACACGUGUGCGGCUGUGUCCUCAUCGCACGGCGGUGGGCGCUAACUGUCGCCCACUGCUUUGAGGGGAGGGAGAGCGCUGAGCUGUGGAAGGUGGUGCUCGGCCUCAACAACCUGGACCACCCCGGCGCUGACAGUCAGACCCGCGGCGUGCGCUCCAUCAUCGUUCACCCGCGCUACAACCGCGCGGUCGUCGACUACGACAUCAGCGUGGUGCAGCUGGACUCCGAGGUGGAGGAGACGCCAUUGGUCAGACCCGUGUGUCUCCCUCAGUUUGGCGAGCUGCCGUCACCUGACUCCUACUGUUACAUCACAGGCUGGGGUCACAUGGGCAACAGGAUGCCCUUUAAGCUGCAGGAGGGCGAAGUUCGGAUCAUCUCUUUGUCCCAGUGUCAGUCUUACUUUGACAUGAAGACCAUCACUCCCAGAAUGCUUUGUGCGGGUUACGACGCUGGAACCGUCGACUCCUGCAUGGGCGACAGCGGUGGUCCGCUGGUGUGCGAGGAGGACGGCGGUCGCUGGACAUUGUUCGGUCUAACGUCGUGGGGCAGCGUGUGCUUCAGUAAAGUCCUCGGACCCGGAGUUUACAGCAACGUGACGCACUUCACGCCUUGGAUCCAACAACAGAUCUACACACACACAUACCUGAGUGACUAAGACACACACACACACACCUUCAGUUCCUCUUAACUGUGCCUAUAUCUGAACUGAUAGCCUUCAGAAGCUAACUGCUAACUCCACCAGCAGUAGUACAAACUAGUGUCACACAUGCUAACUCGUUAGCUUGUAGAGCCAUUGUCGUCGUUAACAAAGUAAAUGUCACAUUCACACAACUUAACAUUCAGUAAACAAUAAAUAAUUAUUUUUAUUACGACUUUAUUCUACACACACACAGUGUGUACAUAUAUAUGUGUGUGGAAGCAAAACAAGGUCAGAAAAAGUUAAAUUUUAUUAAACUUUAAAUAUUUAAAUAAAUAAUAUCUAAAUAGAAUAAAAACACAUAUUGUUGCACAGUGAAAAUUCUAAGUUUUUAUUUAAAAGCAAAUAUAUAUAUAUACGUGUAAGUAUAACAGUGUUUCCUACAGAAUUAAUGAAAUCAUUAGCAGUCUAUAUAAUUAUAAUUAUCGGGAAACAUCCAGAAUACUCAAUGACAAAUUUGCUGCUCUUUAAAUUUUAGUUACUAAAUAAAAGAUUAUUUGAAAAAAAUGUAACUUUUCGAUUUUUUUAGUUUACGAGAUUAAAUUUUGUGAAAUUACACCUUUUUAUAUUUGAGAUUUUAGUUAUGUUUCAUUUAUUUGUAACUCGGAGGGAAAAAACUGUUUGAAAUGUUUUUAGUUAAAUGUUACAAAAAUCAGGCGUUCGAACCCCCACAAUGCUUCACUCUCUAGUGCCUGUACUUAAACCUAGCAGUAAAACAAUUCGUUAUCUGUUGGAGCUGCAACUAACUUUUUUUGGUCCAAAAAUUUCAAAAGCUGGAAUAGUUGCGACCUUGUUUUAAUUAUAUAUAUAAAAAAACUCAAACUUUUGGUUAUUAAUUUAGUCAAAAUGCAUAAUUGUAUGUGUGGGUGCAAGAAUUUUUCUUUUUUUUUUGAAACACGCAAUUUAUUUUAGCAGCUUUGACAGACUUUUGUUUGUCUGAUUUUCUGAAGACACUUGGACACGAGUUGCUCACUUCCUGAAAUCUUUUUUCUAACCUUGUGCUGUCACGUCUUAUUUUUCUAUACGUUUGGAAAAAAUGUCUUCUCAGGAUUCAAGGAGCGGCUUUUAAGAACUUUAUCGUACACUUAACUAUAGGUUUAUAAUUAUGUCGUAAAACACUUACUAAAAACACACUGUAUUAAUGUAUAAUUAACCUUCCUAGUGGACGCGUGCGUACAUAGACGUUUUGAUAUAAGCUCGACUAAUAUAGCAAACAAAACGAGGCGCUAAAAAUUCUUAAUGUAUGCUUAUAAACAGUUCAUUAAUGAUCAGUAAGUAAAAUAUCACAUUUAAAAGUUGUUAAUCCAAGCUAUUGAAAGAAACAUGUUUUGAAGUGUAACUUUAGCAUAUUGCUAAUGUUAGCAGUGCCAAAUUGGUAUGUGUUAAAAGAAGCUGUUUUGAAAGCGAACGCUUAUAUUAGCUAAUAGACGCUAAUACACACACAAAAAAGAAAAAACUGCCGAAUUAGCGCCAGCUAGAUUGUGAAGCACAAAUGUAGCAUCAUUAAUUAAGGGACUUGUUAGCAGUAAGGUACGUUACUAUUUUGCGAAACUAUUGUAAUUUUAAAUGCAUCAGUUUACGCUAGCUAGGCAUGCUAGCGAAACGUAUCUAGCCAUAUAUAAAGAACUGUCAAAACAGUAACACAGCUAACUGCUAAAGUUAGCUUUGGAAAUAACAACUGUUUGUUGUUUAAAAUAUCAUGAAUAUUGUGCAAAUAAACGUCCAGGUGUCACUUUUACCAAAAAAAGAAUAGUAAUUAGUAUCACCUUAAAAGACACAUUUACACAGUAUGAGCAAGAAAAGUGAUGUUGGUUUAUAGUCCAACGUUAGCAUCUUUGUUUUUGAAUUAGUUUGUUGUUUUAAGCCUCAAAUGUCAUUGAAAAAGUUAACAUUGAGCUCAUUGUAACGUUCAUAAGCCAAAAAAAAUUUUCACAUAUUUUUCUUGUUUGUUUUUAAAGAGUAUAAAACGCGAGUGCGUCCUUCACGCUAACGUCAAACUGACAUUGAACAUUCCAAGUGGUCGUUGUUGUUUGGUUUUUUAAGAAUAUUUUUCUACAGCUUUUUGUAAGUCAUGCUCCUUACACACGUGUGAAUGUGUGUAUGUUUCUAUGUGAUUUUGGCUUGUGUGCGUUUGUGAUGUCACUUCCUGAUUUAGCCGUUAGCAGCUAUGAUGGAUUUAAAUGCUUUAAGAAGCGACUGUCGUACGUGAUGUUUGUGUAAACAGUGAAUAUUUGGUUUGUAUCACCUCGUAUCCACCAAUAAAACUAUACACACAC